AUGGACUUUGACGCGAAGAAGCUCGACGAGGCGCGCAAACAGAAGAUUCGAUGGGAGAACUGGAAGCGCAACGAGAUCGAGGCGAAGCAGCGCGGUCUCGAAUUCAAAAUGUACUGGGAGAAGCGGCACGCCGAGGAUCGCGAGUUGUGGAGACUCAAGGAUUUCGCCAACGCCGUCGACAAGGCGAGCCGCGCCGGCUACACCGGCAAACACGGCGAGUUCGACGUGCCGCCGGAACGCUUCGAGGAUCUCGACGCGCUCUACAUGCAGGCGACGAUCGGCGACUACGACGGCAACACGUCGAUGGCGUGCAGUCAGAAGUGGAAGAAGCUUCACGGGAUGGCGACGGUCGAGGCGAUUCGCGAGUUCAUCAAAUUGACGAACGCGACGCUCACCAAGUACGGCUGGAAUCCGCCGGAAGGAUGGGUCUGA